AUGUCACCAAUAAACAUAUUAAAACUGCUCUGUCUUUUGGGUCUAACCACUCUAACAGGGGCAACUAAUUUCGUGUGCCCAAGAUUUUGCAAUUGCGAUGUGUAUUUACAACUGAAUCGGGCACAAUGUAGUGGAAAGAGGCUUAUAAGUGCCGAUGUGGAAUUAUCGAAAUUUGUACAAAUUUUGGACUUGAGUCACAAUGAAAUCACUGCCAUUGAUAAUGCUGCCUUCAAGAAAUACAACCACUUGCGUUACCUGAAUUUGUCACACAAUGCCAUACAAAAUCUGGAUUUAGAUAGCUUUUCACAUUUGAAACGCCUAGAACAAUUGGAUCUUUCAUACAAUCGUCUGGAAUACCUCGACGAUAGAUUAUUCGAAAGAAAUCGCCAUUUAGUGGAACUUAAUUUGGAGGGUAACAAAUUUAUGUCCAUCUCCAAUAAGCCUUUGCUGCGAAGUUCCUCUCUGAGAAUACUAAGUUUGAGAAAUUCUCAAUUGAGUUUCAUACAACCAACAUUGUUCGAUGAAUUACCCAACUUGACGGAAGUGGAUGUAUCAGAAAAUCUCUUAAAUACCUGGCGGGUGGAGGAUUUUGUCACACUGCGACAUUUAGCACAACUAAAAUUAUCGCAAAAUGUUUUCAAAUGCGACGUCGAGAUACAAAAGAAAAUCGCGGAUUUAAAAGCUCAAAAGCUUGGUAUACAAAUUGAGCUCAAUGAGUGUACAGCAACACCGAAAAUUCUUAGCCAAGGUAUUGAGAAAUUCCAAAAAAUGGUUAUGUUGGACCAACCUAUAAAUGAGUCUGAGAAUCCUAUAAAUAUCUUCAAGCAAUGGCGUUUAAAUUUCGAAAGUGAAGAAGAUUUUGAUGAUGACAACGAUGAUGAUAAACAUUUUGAUGAGGAUGAUGACGAUGUGAACAGCGCUAAUCUAGCCAAUAGUGAGUGGCUACGCUUUGCCCCCGAUGCUGCUUUGUGUGAUACCGAAAAAUACAAACUCUGCCACAGUUAUCGCCAAUGUUUGGUCAAUCUAAACACGGCAUGGCAUGAGAAACGUUCCAUGGAUUCGUAUGUGUCGAGUGAAACUAAAUUUGCUUUCUUCUUGGGUGCAGCUUGUGGCAUAACCGUUGUCAUCUGCAUACUCACCUGUGCCUUGUGUUUGAAAAAUUGCUGUGAAUCCAAACGAAAAGAUCGCUUAAGUGAUGUUGAACAUUCCGGAUCCGGCGAUGUCAAUACUCCAGCAUUAGCACGUCAACAGUUGCCACCACAAAUUCGAAGACAACCCCGGCGACGAGUCGCCACCUCCAAUCCUCCACAACGUGCUCCCGUCGUACGCUAUGAAGGUCCUGUUGCUGAAAAUUUCCUUUCCCGUUUAUUUGGACAUCCAGCACGUCGUCAAUAUUAUCGAACCAUUAAUCAAAAUACAGCCACACUGAUUAGACGCCUGAGCCGUAGUAAUUUAUUUAACAAUCGUCUGAGUCAACAUUUUGCCGAUAGACAAAAUUCAACGGAUGACAAUAAUGCGGACACGAAUCACUAUUCACCAUCGGCACCACGGCCUGAAACCCCGCCACCAUGUUAUGGUGAUGUGGUGGUUAGUGAUUGUGAAGAGGGACGAAAGUAG